ACACACACACACACACACACACACACACACACACACACACACACACACACACACGAGCUUGCAGUUCAUCCAAUCAUCUUCUCACUAGGCCUCAUACGGAUCUACACGGAAACCGAGCACCAGAAAAAAGCGAUUACAUUUAUUGUAAAACACCAGAUCAAUAUUCCCUGUUCUAUGAGAGCAAUGACCAGGUCAGAGAACAUCCCUCUGGAGGAGGAGAUGGUGAGCAUCCUGGAUCGAUGCGGACCAGCUCUGACAUAUGUCCUACAUAGCAAGUUUGGAUGUACUGCUGUGCUCCAUGGUGUUGAUGCCGGUGCAAUGAAGUUCAAGAAGCCAGUAUUUAAGCAGGAAACUGUCCAUUCCGACUCCAGAGAUGCAAGGAAAAGUGUUCCACCGUUUAUUGAGCUCUGUGGGGCCUAUCAUGAGACAUUGAGGGAGGCCAGACGCUGGUAUUUGGAUGCUUUGUACCCUGCCUCGAAGAAUGUAAUCACCAUUCACAACAAUUUCAUCCAGCACUUUGGCCAGAGGGAGUUUGAAGAGCUUCUUUCCCUUCAGACCAAGAGGGAAGUUUCCAUCGAGGAGAACUUUAAAGAUGGCCGCUUUGGAUUGACCAUCCAGGGGGCUUCAAGAGGGUUCAAAGCUGCUGUGUUAGAGGUGGAAGCCCUGUGCUGCAAAGUCCAAGAGGAUUUUGCAAAGGAAGAGUUGAGUUUAAUGGGCCUGCAAUCUCCCAUCAGUUCAUCAAGGAAGCCUGUAGAUGACAACAGUUCUGACUAUAAAGAGAGACAGCAACAUUUUGCCGGAUUUCAAAUUGUCAGGGUUGAGAAGGUGGAGAACAAAGAUCUGAAGCAGGUCUUUGACCUUAGGAAGAGGCAGAUGCAGGUGUCUACCUCUUCUCAGCGAAUGUACCAACGCUUGCCUGUGCAAUUCUGUGACCUGCUCAGCAGAGUGGGCUUUCAGAUGGAGUUUACACCACCUGAUGAGCAAAAUCUGGGAGAGGGGAUCUACUUCAGCAGCAGUGUCCAUGGAGCAGAGAGGCUGUGGAAGGGCUCAGCUGACCAGGAGUACCUGUACUUCAUUGAGGCACAGGUGCUGACUGGCAAGUCAAUUGUUGGCUGUCCAGGUCUCAUCGUGCCACCUCCCUUUGCCAGAGACCCACUCACCUUGUAUGACAGUGUGAAAGGAGGCGGAGACACCUGGGUCGUCUUCAAUGGUCACCAGGCUCUACCUGAAUAUCUGAUCACCUGCAAUAAGCCUACAUACGUAAAACCUCAUGCAUUGUUCAACUGGGGUAAAGCUAAAAAGCCACAAAAGAAUGAGGACAUUGUCAUCGAGGGCCUGGAAGUGGAUCCGGCUGUCUUCCACGUUUCUUCCAAAGUGGAUCGUUGGAUCAAGGACCUGAACCUAAAGGAACCAGAGAGCAGCAGCAUCCCACAGGACGCUGUCUACCAGUACAAAUCCCACCACCACCGCAUCCAUGACAUGAGAAUCAUGGACCUGAACCUAAAGGAACCAGAGAGCAGCAGCAUCCCACACGACGCUGUCUACCAGUCCAAAUCCCACCACCACCGCAUCCAUGACAUGAGAAUCGAGGAGAUGCUGAGGAAGGCCAGGGACCAAAAGUCCUUCAACAGGAACAUUACAGCGCCUAGCAACAUGGUGGAUUGGCAGCAGCAGCCAGGGGGACAGUCCCAGAGAUUCCACCCCAUCCAUAACUCCCAUCUGCAGCAGGCACUGGACAGGAAGCAGCCGCGCGUGGAGGUCUCUGCCUGGAGGAAAAUGUACACGUUCACCCUGCCUGACAGGGCUGCUAACAACACAAGUGGAAACAGCCCCAAAAGCAGACAAAUCGACAAGUUAGCAGCUCAACCUAUUGAGAGUCUCCCUCGACAUUGGGAUGCCAUGCCAGCCAACACGUCCUGCCUGUCCUGCCUCAUCCAGCCAGGAAGCCCAGAGCACAAUGAAGUUUUAAACCUGUUCCGAGCCACCUGCCCCAACAAAGUUAUACAGAUUGAGAGGAUCCAGAACCCAACCCUGUGGAGGAGUCUCCAGAUCAAGAAACACGACAUGGAGCUCAGGAACGGUCACCAGAAGAAUGAGAAGAGGCUCUUCCAUGGAACGUGCCACACAACCAUCAAUCACAUCAACAACCAUGGCUUCAAUCGGAGCUUUGCUGGGAAAAAUGCUACAGCAUUUGGAAACGGCACCUACUUUGCUGUUGGUGCCAGUUACUCUGCCAGAAGCACAUACUCAAGACCGGAUCGCCAGGGGCAGAAGUAUAUGUACCUCUGUCGAGUUCUGACUGGCGAUUUCACUGCAGGACGACAUGGGAUGACAGUUCCUCCAGCUAAAAGCACCACGACUGUUGAACUCUACAACAGCGUGACAGACAACCCAUCAGGACCAUCUAUGUUUGUCAUUUUCCAUGACAACCAGGCAUACCCUGAGUACUUGAUCACAUUCUUCUAGACCCUGCGGAGAAAAGCAAGAGAAAUGAAAUGCUCUUACUAAACUUUCAAAAGUCUUCCUUAUGAUGAUGACUUUGUGCCUUAUAAACUGUUAUACACAACUUUUAUUGAAGAAAUUAAAAUGACUGAUGUCACUUUUGCAUGGAAAAGUGUAACCGUUACAGGUUCUAAUGUAACCCGGUUCAAUCUAACCCUAACCCUAACCCUAACCCUAACCCUAACCCUAGCCUGAACUACAACCCUAACCCUAACCCUAACC